GAAGACUAACCAGAGUCUCGACAGUUGACAGUAUCUCUUUCCCCAAAUUCAGCAAUCGAGAUUUGACACCGUAAGCAUACCUAAUACCAUCUCUACGUUUAAAAUCCGGCCUGUAGGUGUACUUCCUUCGUAUUGAUAUCAUUAUGGAUGUACUUUGUCCGUAGUAUACUAGGAAUCCUCCUCCUAACAGUGUCUCUGAAUCUUACUGGCGCUCCUAACGCUGCCUCCAUUGUUCGACACCGCUCAAAUCUAUGUCUUCCACCGUGGUGCCCUUUUUUCUUCCUUCAAGAUAAAACAAUGGGCGACAGUAAAGCCUUGGAUGAUAAAUACAAUAUCGAAGCUGCAGAAGUUCUUGCCAAUGAGGCGCAGCAUUUGCCCAUUACAGAGGCUGCACCGAUAUACGAGCAACUUCUUACACUUUUUCCAACAGCCGCAAAAUAUUGGAAGCAGUAUGUUGAGGCACACAUGGCUGUAAAUAAUGAUGAUGCUACCAAACAGAUAUUUAGUCGUUGCUUACUAAACUGUCUUCAAAUACCUCUUUGGCGGUGCUACAUUCGUUUCAUUAAAAUGGCCAAUGAGUCCAAGGGGUUAGAGGGUCAAGAAGAGACUAGAAAAGCUUUUGAUUUUAUGCUCAACUAUGUUGGAGCAGACAUAGCAUCUGGGCCUAUUUGGAUGGAGUACAUCACCUUCUUAAAGUCGUUGCCAGCUCUAAGCACUCAGGAAGAGUCACAAAGAAUGACUGCUGUCAGGAAAGUGUACCAGAAAGCUAUUGUUACUCCUACUCAUCACAUUGAACAACUUUGGAGGGACUACGAGAACUUUGAAAACUCUGUUAGCCGCCAACUGGCAAAAGGACUGUUAUCAGAAUAUCAGCCCAAGUUUAACAGUGCAAGGGCUGUCUACAGGGAGCGGAAGAAAUAUGUUGAUGAAAUUGAUUGGAAUAUGCUGGCUGUACCACCGUCUGGCUCUUACAAGGAAGAAGUGCAAUGGAUGGCAUGGAAACGGUUGUUAGCUUUUGAGAAGGGAAACCCGCAGAGGAUCGACAGUGCAUCCUCCAACAAGCGAAUUAUAUUCACAUAUGAACAGUGUCUGAUGUAUCUGUACCAUUAUCCUGAUAUCUGGUAUGACUAUGCGACAUGGCAUGCAAAAAGUGGUUCGGUAGAUACUGCAGUCAAAUUAUUUCAGCGAGCUUUGAAGGCUCUUCCUGACUCAGAAAUGCUAAGGUAUGCAUAUGCAGAGCUGGAGGAAUCUCGUGGAGCAAUUCAGUCUGCAAAGAAAAUAUAUGAGAGCCUUUUAGGGGAUGAUGUUAACACAACGACGCUUGCACAUAUUCAAUUUAUUCGCUUUCUAAGAAGGACUGAGGGUGUUGAAGCAGCUCGCAAGUACUUUUUAGAUGCUCGGAAAUCUCCAAAUUGCACAUACCAUGUUUAUGUUGCUUAUGCAAUGAUGGCCUUUUGUCUUGACAAGGAUCGAGAGAUUGCACAUAAUGUUUUCGAAGCGGGAUUGAAACGGUUUAUGCAUGAGCCUCUAUACAUUCUUGAAUAUGCAGAUUUUUUGACACGCUUGAAUGAUGAUAGAAAUAUCCGGGCCUUAUUCGAGCGGGCACUGAGUUCACUCCCACCAGAGGAAUCUGUUGAGGUUUGGAAACGAUUUGCCCAAUUUGAGCAAACUUAUGGAGAUCUGGCAAGCAUGUUGAAGGUUGAACAAAGAAGGAAGGAAGCUCUUUCGAGAACAGGGGAAGAAGGAGCAUCAGCAUUAGAGGGAUCGUUGCAAGAUGUUGUCUCACGUUACAGUUUCAUGGAUCUUUGGCCAUGCUCUUCUAAAGAUUUGGAUCAUUUGGCACGGCAAGAGUGGCUUGCCAAAAAUAUGGAUAAGAAGGUUGAGAAGUUGGCUCUGCCUAAUGGACCUGGGUCUGUAGAUAAGGAUUAUGCGGGCCUGAUAAGCAAUUCAACUGUGUCUGCAAAGGUUGUUAAUCCUGAUGUUUCUAAGAUGGUGAUUUAUGACCCAAGACAAAAAUCUGGGAUAGAGACUCUUCCAAGCACAACAUCAUCUGGAGUUCCUGCUGCAUAUAGCAACUUAUCAAAUCCAGCUGCUGCAAUAGUGGGUGGUGGGAUGACCAAUGCAUUUGAUGAAAUACUGAAAGCAACACCUCCUGCAUUGGUUGCAUUUCUAGCAAGCUUGCCUGUUGUUGAGGGCCCAACACCGGAUGUGGAUGUUGUAUUAUCUAUUUGCUUGCAGAGUGAUAUACCAGCAGGGCAGACUGGCAAGUUAGGUACUUCCGCAGUGCAAUUGUCAGGUGGUCCUGUCCCUACUACAAGUGUCCUCUCUGGUUCCAGCAAGUCCCAUCCCAUGCCAGGUGGCGCACCUUUUAAAACUACUAGGGACAGACAAGCAGGGAAAAGAAAAGACCUAGACAGACAAGAGGACGAUGAAACUGCCACUGUCCAAAGCCAGCCACUACCUAGAGAUGUUUUCAGGAUACGGCAGAUCCAGAAAUCUCGAGGAGGUACGACUACAAAAGCACGAGGAGUUACUACUUCACAAACAGGAUCAGCUUCAUAUGGAAGUGCACUUUCUGGAGACUUGUCUGGUAGCACUGGCUGAAUCGAUUUUCCAUUGCCUUUUCUUUUCCUCUAUUUAUUCCUUUCCCUAUUUUUGUAGAUUGUAGAUGAAAAAUUUUCUUUAAUUUUCCAAUAAAUAAUCUUUCAUUAUUAAGCUUGUAAAGUUAUUCACAUGCUAUUAAAUCAUUAAUAUUAGCCAAUUUUUCACUCUUAA